UAUAUGUAUAUGCACAAAAACAAACAUAAUUUGCUAGUUGAAUUCACCCAACUGCCCAGAGGGUGGAGAAAAACUAAAGGCAUGUACGUGGCCACUUUGUUUAUUCAACACAAAGUCCAUCACUUACUGAUACACGAGUGAUUGUGUGUAAUCACUAACCCAUUGCACUCGUACACACACACACACACUACUAACAUGUACAACUAGAUCUGUAGAACCUAGACAAAGACUGACGCACUACUCUGUAAAGAUACUUUGCUCUAUCAUGUCUGCAUUAUAUCUUUUUGCUCACAUGACUCACACUCUGACCUGUCAAAAUGUCCUCACAAGAAUGUCAGUCCUUACAAGAACAGUUAGUCCAAGUUAAGCCCACAUGUUGGUGCUUCACCUAAACAUCAGCAGGUAUCAUUCUAUACAGUUGUCUGUGCGUCCCCUUCACUUUAGGGGUGACUAUUCAAUGAUUUGAUCUACAAGGAGCCUGAUUCACAGUCCAAUCGUGGCGGGGAAACAAAGGAUCAUAACAUCAUGGCUGCAGGACAUGAACACGUGCCUAGUUGGGUCUGGGUUGCUGCAGGGAUCUUCAACUUCUUGGCCUAUACGCUCGAUGGUGUUGACGGUAAACAGGCACGUCGCACCAACUCCUCCACCCCACUAGGGGAGCUGUUUGACCACGGCCUCGACAGUUGGGCCUGCAUCUUCUUCGUGGCCACCGUCUACUCCAUAUUUGGGCGUGGGGAAAGUGGCGUGGGUGUGGCCACACUGUAUUACAUCCUGUGGGUGGUGCUGUUCUCAUUCAUUUUGUCUCACUGGGAGAAAUAUAACACUGGCAUCUUGUUUCUGCCAUGGGGAUACGACAUCAGCCAAGUGACAAUUUCCCUCGUUUACUUGGUCACUGCUGUGGUCGGCGUGGAAACAUGGUACCAGCCAAUCCUGUGGAGCCUUCUCUAUAGAGACCUUUUCACCUUUAUGAUCAUCGCCUGUUCCUUGACUGUGACCGUACCCAUGAGCCUCUACAAUGUCCUGAAAGGUCACCGCAGUAACACUCUGAAGCACAGCAGCCUGUACGAAGCCUUCCUGCCCUUCCUUUCUCCCGUCCUCCUCUUCGUCUUGUCCACCAUUUGGGUGGUGUUCUCUCCAUCCAACAUCCUCGAGCUACAGCCCAGGAUCUUCUACCUCAUGGUGGGGACAGCCUUUGCUAAUGUUACGUGUAAGCUGAUUGUGUGUCAGAUGAGUAACACACGUUGCCAGGCGCUCAGCUGGCUGUUGCUACCCAUGACUCCAGUGGUCGUGUUGGCGGUAACCGGGGUGGUCGCCAACGAGACCUUACUGCUCUAUCUGUGGACAGCCGCUGUCAUACUAGCACACAUCCACUUCGGCGUUUCAGUGGUAAGAGCAUACACAUACAGCACCUCUGUUGAAAUACAAAAAUAAUGUCUGUCCAGUAAAUAUGAAGCUACAGAUAGCAGCCAGUUAGCUGAACAGCGCAGUAACAAACAUGUUAUGGCUGAAAUGUAAUAGUGUCAAUGUGGCAUUUUACAAAGGGUUAUGUGCCGGACUCUUUUUGUUUCCUCUAAGUCGGGGGUCGGCAAUAUCACAUGACUCUUCACGUACACUGGGCAUGCGGGUGGGUGUCGGUGUAAACAGGAAGUAGAUUGGUGGCUUAG